GCUUCAGGCAUCCGAUAUGCUCAGGAAAAGUAAGAUCGACUUCUAGGGGGCAACACCGAGAAUAGUUGUUGGUUGUCCUUAGUUCAAAGUGAUCUUUCACACAUACUCACUUCAGCCUCCUACCUCUUGCUUGUUCAACUUCAAGUAACUCAUCAUAUACACAUCUUUAACCUCUUUUUGUCAAUCUGCGAUUGCGGUCGACUCUCACGCUCGUUAUUUCUUAUUUUUGUCCGCGGUCACUUAUUGUACUUUGUCUUAAAAACAGACUCAAAAUAGCGUUGCUUAUCUCUGAAUAUUAUACAACCAAGCCCACACACUCCCUGGAAAUUUUGGAGGAAUCCCCUAAUAUAUUGCUGGCCCAAACAGAUUGAAUUCUGAAAAACUUCUCAUAUCACUUCAGCAAAAUUUGAUGAACAAUAAUUCAUGAUUUUGGUCACUUGAGUAUCGUAUCUGGUCGGUUUCGUUUGUCACCAUGUUCGCGCGAAAUUUCGUUGUACUGUGCAGCGUCUUGUUCAAUACACAGGUCAAUGCAUUGCGUUACGAGAAAGAAUAUGUUGGCUAUAACCUGAAUACGAAUGAGUCGGCGACAUCAGCUUUUGAUUAUUCUGGAAAAUGGGACGGAGUAUGUCAACAUUCAUUUCCCUCGACGAGUCAGGAAAUCUCCUCAACACAUAUUUUACCCACGAAUGAACUACUCAUCGUAAUUCGAGGAUGCAUAGGCUAACUUCUAUUCUCGUAGCAUGAAUUCUUCCCAUCUCCCGAGAAUUGGCGUUUUCCCUUCUAUUCCUUCUUCUUGGAUAAAUUCGUCAAUGGAGAUCCAACCAACGAUGACAUUAAUGGUACUCAUUUCGAAACCGAUUUUAUGCAAACCCAAUUACGACAUGGCGGUGAUCUUCAGGGUCUCAUUGAUAGUUUGGAUUAUAUACAAGGAAUGGGUGUAAAGGGAAUCUAUAUCGCCGGAAGUCCUAUGAUCAAUAUGCCCUGGGGUGCAGAUCAAUAUUCUCCUUUGGAUUUUAGUCUUCUCGAUCAACAUUUUGGAGAUAUCGAUUUGUGGAGGAAAACCACCACUGCCAUCCACGACAGGGGAAUGUAUGUUAUUCUCGACAAUACUAUGGGGACCAUGGGAGAUUUGAUCGCUUUUAAAGGUUACGAGAACUCUUCGACCCCAUUUACUCUGGUCGAGCACGAAGUCCUUUGGCGUGACCCAAACCGUCAAUAUUUAGAUUUUUCCUUCAGCGAGAAGUACAAUAAAACUUGCAACUACCCUAGGUUUUGGCUUGAUGAUGGAUAUACCGUCAAGGAUGAUGUCACGGAUCUCAUGAAUGGUUGCUAUGAUUCAGAAUUUGAUCAGUAUGGUGAUACCGAAGCUUUUGGUGUCUUUCCCGAUUGGCAACGUCAAUUAUCAAAGUUCGCCUCUGUCCAGGAUCGUUUGAGAGAAUGGCUUCCCUCUGUAAGAACCAAAAUCGAGAUCUUCACUUGCAUGAUCAUCCUGCAGCUGGACAUCGAUGGAAUGCGUGUGGACAAAGCAACGCAAAUUACGGUCGAUGCAUUGGGAAGUUUUAGUCACGCAGUUAGGGAAUGCGCACUAUCUGUGAAAAAGGAGAAUUUCAUGGUUACCGGUGAAAUUACUGGUGGUAACACUUUUGGUAGUAUUUACCUUGGGCGUGGACGUCAACCUGAUAUGUUACCGCCUAGCAUUCCAGAUGCGGUCAAAAUGACCUCUAAUUCCAGUUUAUCAUACUUCAUCCGUGAUCCUGGCCAAAACGCUCUCGACUCUGCUGCUUUCCACUACAGUGUAUAUCGCACGCUGACUAGAUUCUUGGGGAUGGAUGGAAACUUGGAAAGUGGAUACGAUACACCCCCUAAUUGGGUAGACAUGUGGAACAUAAUGCUCCAAACGAACGAUCUUAUCAACCCCAAUACUGGAAUGUUCGAUCCAAGACACAUGUACGGAACUAGCAAUCAAGAUGUUUUCAGAUGGCCAGCUAUCCAGAAUGGAACUCAAAAGCAACUUUUGGCGCUGUUCAUUACCACUAUACACAUGCCUGGUAUACCUUUACUUCUAUGGGGUGAAGAGCAAGCCUUUUAUGUCUUGGACAACACAGCCGACAACUAUCUAUUCGGUCGACAAGCUAUGUCUCCUUCUCAAGCAUGGCAAACUCAUGGAUGCUACACCCUCGGUAGUGGUACCUAUUAUAAAUAUCCCAUGGAUUCUUGCACGCGCGGUUGUCAUGAUGAUUGGAAUAGUCGUGAUCAUAGAGAUCCAUCCCACCCAGUUCGAAAUAUCAUCAAGGCGAUGUUCCAAAUGCGAGCCAAUUACCCCGUCUUGAACGAUGGGUGGUAUUUGCAACAGCUCUCCAACCAGACAUACGAAAUCUUACUACCCGGUAGCAACGGUACAGCCACUGAAACUGGAAUGUGGAGUACUUUGCGAGGUCAAUAUGAUGGUAUUCAGGAUUUUUCCAAGGCUGGUGGUCAGGCAAACCAGUCUGUUUGGCUGGUUUACCACAACGUUUAUGAUACAGUAACUUAUAAUUUUGAUUGUAGUAGCAACGACUCCCUGGUUGCUCCCUUCAUCAGUGGCACCACAGUCAAGAAUCUGUUUUAUCCUUAUGAUGAGGUCACGUUAAAAGCAGGACCUCUCCAGUUGGGAAUUGCAAAUCAAACAGGCUACAAUGGCUGUCUUGACAGUGUCACCCUGGUUAUGUACGAAUAUAAGGCAUAUGUGCCAAAGGAUACGUGGGUUGGACCUUCGCCUAUGAUAACCGCGUUCUCUCCAGGACAUGAUGCACGACUUACCUCGGCAGUUGCUCCCGGGCAACAAGAAACCGUCGAGAUUGAAAUCGAUUUCAGUGACGAAAUGAAGUGUUCCGAUAUUCUCUCGGGCAUGAUAAUAUCCUCUAAGACAGAGGAUGGAAAGGUUGCACAAUUAGCCAAUGCUACCGGUGAAUACUCUUGCACAUUACUUCCUAACCCGGUUAAUGUCACCGACUUCGUUGGAUCGAUUCCAACUCGUUGGACUUUCAAGGGUAACCUUACCAACGUGUCUAACGGUGUCCAUUCAAUCACCCUCACCAACAUCACGAGUGCCUCUGGAAAUUCUUCAACUGGAUCAACAGAUACAUUUUUGCUCCGCGUUGGACAAGUUGACAACCCUAUUGUUUUCCCUGGCUCUGCAAAUUAUACACGACAAUUGCUCCACAAGCACGACAAUGGUACACUGUACGUCAGUCAUAAAGCUGCUGGAGCAGACUUAUUCAAAUACUCCUUGAAUUGGGGAACUUCGUGGUCCGAAUGGUUGCCAUACGUUGGUGGAAACACAACACUGGAAGCACAGGCCUGGAAUGGUACAAGCAAACAAAAAUGGGAGGGAGAGCACGUCAUCAUGCAAUAUUGGAGUAAACUUAUUGGCAGCAGUGAUGUUGUACAACAUUCUGAUCUUGAGACAAACACAUAUUCGCGUCGUCUUCCGCAUUUGUUCGCCAAUGGUCCAUUUAACCAAUACGGAUACGAUACUGGUCUUGAAAAUACAUUCGGCUUGAAUAAGGAGAACAGUCUCUGGGAAUUCAAAUUUAUGACUGAAUGGCCAGCUGGUAAGUCGUAGAUUCUUCUGACGUCCAAAAUCAUUGCUAAUAAUUUCUAGUCAUGCAAGUAAAUGUUUGGGGUAUGAAUCCUGAUGGUCAGCCAGAUCAAACUGUUGUCAUGGGAGACAUCGACGGUGACAAUAUCCUUGACCGCAUGCCUCCUUCGUCGCUUUCCACGGCACUCAUUAACAUAACCCGUGUGCCUCCAUCACCAUACCUUGGUUACAAAGUUGCAAUCGACGACGGAAAUUAUAGAUACUAUCAAAUACCCUAUGGAAACCGUUCAUACCAAGUGUUGAUGGUGGUCCUUUUCUGGAUUGUCCCUGUCCUCACUGGUGGUCUCAGUAUCUGGCUCUUCAUGAAAUCUUUCUACGCCGUCAAGCUCAACAGUGUUGGUGUCAAGGAGACAAAGAACUACAUUCCAUUGGCCAUUCGCAGAAAGCUGAACAGGGAUAAAGAUGAUCAUAACGAGAAAGAAAUGACUGUUAUGGGAGGAUUACACUCAAUGUUUCACGAAAACGCUACUCAACUUGGACUCCAAGCUGAUGCUGCAUCUACUGGACGACGGACUGUGCUUAUCGCUACCAUGGAAUACGAUAUCGAAGAUUGGGCAAUCAAGAUUAAGAUUGGAGGUCUAGGUGUCAUGGCACAAUUGAUGGGAAAGAAUUUGGGCCAUCAAGAUCUCAUUUGGGUCGUUCCUUGCGUUGGUGGAAUCGACUAUCCUGUUGAUCAACCAGCUGAACCUAUGGAUGUCACGAUCCUCGGAAACUCCUACACUAUUCAAGUUCAGUACCAUGUUCUGCGAAACAUCACUUACGUUCUUCUCGAUGCACCAGUCUUCAGAGCACAAUCUAAAUCCGAGCCAUACCCAGCUCGUAUGGACGAUUUAGACUCAGCCGUUUACUACAGUGCCUGGAAUCAAUGUAUCGCUCUUACUAUCAAACGUUUCCCUGUCGAUUUGUAUCACAUCAACGAUUACCACGGAGCCGUUGCACCAGUCCAUCUUCUUCCGGAAACAAUUCCAUGUUGUUUAUCCCUUCACAACGCUGAGUUCCAAGGUUUAUGGCCAAUGCGUAAUCAAAAAGAAAGAACCGAAGUUUGUCAAGUUUACAAUAUUCCCGAAGAGGUCGCUAUCAAGUAUGUCCAAUUCGGAGAUGUGUUCAAUUUACUCCACGCCGCUAGUUCUUAUCUCAGAGUUCAUCAAAAGGGUUUCGGUGCCGUUGGUGUCAGUAAGAAAUACGGAAAGCGUUCUUGGGCAAGAUAUCCUAUUUUCUGGGGAUUGAGUAAAAUUGGUAAUCUUCCUAACCCUGAUCCUUCUGAUACUGGAGACUGGAGCGGUGCCCAAGAUUCAUUGGCCAAGACAACUGUCAAUCAGGAUUUCGAAAGUCAGAGAGGUGAGCUCAAAAGACAAGCUCAGGAGUGGGCUGGUCUUGAGCAAAAUCCUAAAGCUGAGCUCUUGGUUUUCGUUGGUAGAUGGUCCAUGCAAAAGGGUAUCGAUUUGAUUGCUGAUGUUAUGCCUGCUGUUUUGGAGGAAAAUCCAAAUGUCCAACUUAUCUGCGUUGGUCCUGUUAUUGAUCUUUACGGAAAGUUCGCCGCCCUGAAAUUAGAUGUCAUGAUGACGAAGUACAAGGGUCGUGUCUUCAGUAAACCCGAGUUCACUGCUCUUCCACCAUUCAUCUUCUCCGGAGCAGAAUUCGCCUUGAUUCCAUCCAGAGAUGAGCCUUUCGGUCUUGUCGCUGUCGAGUUUGGUAGAAAGGGAGCUUUGGGUAUUGGUGCCCGUGUUGGUGGUCUUGGUCAAAUGCCUGGUUGGUGGUUCACUGUCGAGUCUACUACGACAACACAUAUGCUUCAUCAAUUCAAACAAGCCAUCAAAGAAGCCUUGGCCUCAAAACUGGAGACUCGUCAAAUCAUGAGAGCACGAUCCGCCAAACAACGUUUCCCAGUCGCACAAUGGGUUACUGAUCUCGAGACAUUGCAAAGUAAAGCGAUUAAAAUCCACGACAGGGAAGAAGCAAAACACAGCGGUAGACCGAGAUCUAGAGGAAGAGAAGGAUCAAACCUCCUGUACGCUUCCGCUAAGAGAGUUUCUAGUUUCGGUACCAGUUUGGCUAGUACAUCACAACUUGACGUUGCUAGUACUAUUGGAGGUUCCACAAGACCAUCCUCCCCAACCCGCGUUGAAAAGCCAGCAGCUGGAGGACUUAGCCGAAAGCUUUCUCUAGGAUACCGGGCUGGUCCAGGACAUCGCCCGACGAAGAAGAGGUUCAAUGAGGGUGAUGAACCGUUCCAAGCAGGAGUUCCAGGUACAGUCGACGAAGGACUGACUGAUGUGGAUGAAGACUCUGAUGAUUACGAUGACCAAGUCCGUGAGGACAUAUACGACGAAUACGUCCUCACGCCUGAAGAAUUAGAAGCUCAGAGACAGCAAGAGCAAUGGAAAGGACGGUCUGAUAGUCCCGCAGGCGGCGCCUUCCUCGCACCACAACCAGGAUAUUUGGACUCAUCACGCCGAAGUCCAAAUGCCAAUACUGCCAGUUUACAUAUUAAUGAUUCUGAAUUAUCGUUGCCACGACUAAAAGAUGGUUCGAAUAUUUAUUCCACUCACUCGAUACCUGGCUCACCAGGUUUGGAGUCACCAGGAGCGCAUGAGUCUUUGCUUCCACCUCCUUCGAUCUUUGGUGAAAACAAUGCAAACAGAGCUUCCAUGCUUAGUUUGAGUUCAGUUAUUGGAGACAAGACUGAUUUCAAACUCCAAAAGGUCGAUCCAUUCUUCACUGAUACCCAAGGAGAAUACUAUCAACAAUUUGCCAAGAACCUUGAUACUUUGGAUGGAAAGAACAGUGAAACAGCAUUGUGUAUCGAAGAAUACCUCAUGAAAUCCGAAAAGAAAUGGUUCGAUAGAUUCCGUGAUGCACGAUUAGGAAGAAACUCUGUUGCACCUGCAUUUUCUGCCCUAGGCAGUGGACGAAAAUCUCACGACAGCCGCGGACGAUCCAAUAGUCAGGAUAGCUUCACAAAUGAUACCAUUGUCCACUCGAGGCAAAACUCCAGUCAAGACGACAUGGCACUCACGGGCGGUUCUGCCAAUGACCAGUUCUUACUUGGUAAAGACUACAAACCACCUACAGGUCUGCGCCUAGUCAUGCAAUAUCGCUUCUUUGAUUGGCCGGUGUAUUCAUUCUUACUUGCCUUUGGUCAAAUCAUCGCUGCUAAUUCUUAUCAAAUAACACUUCUUACUGGUACUGUGGGUCAAACUGCAGAGAAAGUUUACAUCACGGCAACCAUCUAUCUCGUGUUUUCUAUCAUGUGGUGGGAAGUUUUCUCCUUCUUCAAAUCAAUCUACGUUCUCAGUAUCCCAUUCAUCUUCUACGGAUUAGCCUUUUUCCUCCUCGGCAUGGCUCCUUUCGUUUCCAGCACUGAUGGCAGAGGUUGGGUCCAAAAUGUUGCUACUGGUAUCUAUGCUGUGGCCGCAUCCUCAGGAAGUAUAUUCUUCGCGUUGAACUUUGGAGACGAAGGAGGAGCGCCCGUCAAAGCCUGGGUAUUCCGCUCCUGUAUCAUCCAAGGAACACAGCAAGCUUACGUCGUCAUUCUCUGGUUCUGGGGAAGUUAUCUCAACAGACGACAAGCCGAUGGUCUCGGAGCCUCUUUCACAUCUGCCAGUCCCAAGAUGUCUGCUGUCGUGAUUCCGAUUGCGAUUCUCAUGUGGGUAGUUGGCGUGGUCACUUUCCUUGGAUUGCCGGAAUAUUAUCGACAAGCUCCUGGAAAGGUUCCUUCUUUCUAUGCCUCGCUCUUCAGACGUAAGAUUGUCAUGUGGUUUUUCGUCACGGUUCUCAUUCAGAAUUUCUUCCUCUCGACGCUCUAUGGUCGUAACUGGCUUUACCUCUUCUCUUCCAACCAUGCUCCUACAUGGGUUAUCAUUCUUCUCAUCAUCUUCUUCUUUGGGUUCGUUUGGGCAAUGUUCCUCUGGUUCUUUGCAAUAUUGAGUAAAGAUCACAGUUGGGUUCUACCAAUUUUCGCCAUUGGCCUCGGAGCCCCUAGAUGGUGUCAAAUGCUUUGGUCUUGCAGUCCUAUGGGACAAUACGUACCAUGGGUUGGUGGUGGUCUCGCCAGCGCCAUUUUCUCAAGAUCUUUGUGGCUUUGGCUCGGUAUGCUCGAUGCACUUCAAGGUGUUGGAUUCGGUAUGCUCUUGCUUCAAACACUUACUCGUGUCCAUAUCGCUUUCACUCUCAUUGCUGCUCAAGUUUUGGGAUCACUCGCUACUAUUGUAGCGAGAGCUUGUGCACCGAAUAAUAUAGGACCAGGCCCCGUUUUCCCUGAUUUCAGCGAUGGAGCUGCUGGUUUGGGUAAUGCAUGGUUUUGGAUUGGAUUAUUAUUACAACUGGUAAUUUGUGGAGGAUUUUUCACAUUCUUUAGAAAAGAGCAGCUUAGCAAGCCUUAGAGCUUUGUUGCAUUUCUUUUGGUUGGUUGUUGUGCGCCGAGCAAAUGAUUGGAUGGGUUGUGUAAAUGCGUGGUGGGUGGAUGUUGGUGCACGAUUGAGGCGUUUUCAUCUUCUUGUAUAAAAUGGUGCAGAUUUGGACGGAAAUAUUGUAUUUGGACAUACCCCUUUGGUGGAAUGGCAAGUAAAGAUUUUGAAUGAUGGAAAUGAUACAGAGCACAAAUAGACUUUUGAUUUUGAACAUUUUCGCGAUUUACGGCAGGCAGGAUUUGGUGGAACGUUUGGGAGGAGAGUAUAAUUUUUUCUUGUCUAUUUGAGAUGUGGAUUGGCAUAAUAUACUUAGCUGAGAUAUAACUUAAAGUCUAAUGAACUUGUUACAUAUAUAUGGUGUU